AUGGAGUACAACAAGCUGGUGGACGAAGAGCUGACCACGAUUGAAAGCGCCCUGGAUGAAGUAGCCGAUGAUGUUGAUAACUUGGACUAUAGCAUUGCUAGCGGUGUUUUGUCUAUCAAUAUGGGGUCGAAGGGUUCUUAUGUGAUCAACAAGCAAUCUCCGAAUAUGCAGAUUUGGUGGUCUUCUCCCAUUAGUGGUCCCAAGCGAUUUGAGUACGAUUUGAACUCGAAAAAGUGGUAUGAAGUUGGCGAGAUGGACGGGGUGAAGAAUUCUCGCAAAGUCAACGAGGACAUCAACAGUCUGCUGGCAAAAGAGUUGAAGAAUCUUCUUGGCGUUGACCUGAAGUUUUAG